GGCGGGGCCGAGCGCGCCGGCCGGGCUGGGCCGGGGGUGUCGGAUGUCACCCCCCGCGCACACCUCGGCCGGGGGGCGGGGAGCGAACCACUGAGAUGCGCAGGCCUCCUCGGUCCUAGAGCGGAGCAGGAAGUGUCCCAGGGGAGGGAGCCGGAGGGCUCGGCCUUUCCUUUCGGCGGCGGCGGGGCCUGAGCUGCCGCCCGCGGGACCCGCCGCGGCGCCGAGAGGGCCGGUCGCGGCCAGUGCCCGCGCAGAGCCGGCGCCCGCAGCGCGCGGGCGGGGCCGAGGCCGCGCGAUCGUCCUCGGGCGGCUCCGUGGAGCCUGGGUACCCGCAGGCUGCGUCCGGGAUGGCCGGGGAGCGGGCCGGGCCCGUGCACUGAGCCCGCCUGGACUAGGACACCGGAGCCCGGCGAGGACGCGCUCGGCCGCGGGGCCCAGGCUGGAGCUCAUUUUGUGAAGGUCUCCAGAGCAAGGACGCGACUUCAGCUCCUAAGCUUCAAGACAGUGGCCUUCUUGGCACACCAUCCAUCUCAAGUCCUCUCCAAGGAGGACCUGACCACCAAAGGGUCGUCUUCUGCCGCUGACCCCCAUCAAAUCCCAUCAUGCCCACAGCCCUGUGCCCCAGAGUCUUGGCUCCAAAGGAGAGUGAGGAGCCCAGGAAAAUGAAGAGCCCUCCUGGAGAGAACCCAGGCCCCCAGGGGGAGCUUCCCAGCCCUGAGUCCUCCCGCCGCCUCUUCCGCCGCUUCCGCUACCAGGAGGCUGCGGGCCCCCGGGAAGCCCUGCGCCGCCUCUGGGACCUGUGCAGGGGCUGGCUGCGGCUCGAGAGGCACACCAAGGAGCAGAUCCUGGAGCUCCUGGUGCUGGAGCAGUUCCUGGCCAUCCUGCCUCGGGAGGUCCAGAGCUGGGUGCGGGCACAGGAACCUGAGAGUGGCGAGCAGGCUGUGGCUGCUGUGGAGGCCCUGGAGCGGGAGCCAGGAAGACCCUGGCAGUGGCUCAAGCACUGUGAAGACCCCGUGGUGAUUGAUGAUGGGGAUGGCCCUCCAGACCAGGAGCAGGAACGGCUGCCCGUAGAACCCCAGAGUGACCUUGCAAAGAGUCAGGAUGGCCCGCCUGUGGCCCCAACUCAGAGUCUGGGGAUCCUAAGCAGACUGCCAAGCCAGCUCAGCGAGGACCCAGUUCCGCAGGACACCUCCCUUCUUCAGGAGGAGAGCAUGAGGGACGCAGAGCAGGUGACCACCCUCCAGCUGCCCCUGAAUCGGGUCUCUCCAUUUAAGGACAUGAUCUUGUGCUUCUCUGAAGAGGACUGGUCCCUUCUGGACCCCGCCCAGACGGGCUUCUACGGAGAGUUCAUCAUUGGGGAGGACUACGGGGUCUCCAUGUCUCCGAACGACCCGGCAGCCCAGCCAGACCUCUCCCAAGGAGAGGAGAGCGUGCCUCGGGUUCCGGAGCUGCAGGACCUCCAGGGGAAAGAAGAGCCGCAGGUCUCCUACUUAGACUUUCCCAGCCUGCAGCCACUCCAGGUUGAAGAAAGAAGGAAGUGGGAGGAGCUGCAGGUGACCGAGUUCCAGGCCUGCCAGCAGAUGGCGCUGGCCCCGAGCAGCUGCCCAGCAGGAGGCGACCCACCCGCUGGCCUGGAUGAGGAGGUGACCAUCGAGAUCGUCCUGUCCAGCUCUGGGGAGGAGGACAUGCAGCACGGUCCGUACUGCACAGAGGAGGCACGGAGCUCCCCAGAAAAGCCCAGCACCCUCCCGUCCCGCCGCGACAGUGCCGAGGUGGGUGGCGAGGUGCAGACCUCCAAGAAGUCCUAUGUGUGCCCAAACUGCGGGAAAAUCUUCCGCUGGAGGGUCAACUUCAUCCGGCAUCUGCGGAGCCGCAGGGAGCAGGAGAAGCCGCACGAGUGCUCCGUGUGCGGGGAGCUUUUCAGUGACAGCGAGGACCUGGACGGGCACCUGGAGGCCCACGAGGCGCAGAAGCCCUACCGCUGUGGCGCCUGCGGGAAGAGCUUCCGGCUCAACUCGCACCUGCUGUCGCACAGGCGGGAUACACCUGCAGCCGGACAGACGGCCCGCGCGCAGGAGGCUGGCGUGCCGGAGGCCCCGGCCGCGGAUGCCCGCGCCCUGCUGGAGAAGAGCAAGGCCAAGCUGGGCGUCCAGUGCCGGGACUGGAAGCUGUUCCAGCGGCACGACCAGCUGGUGCGGCACCGCAGCAGCAUCCACCCCAAGGACGAGGGCCGGCCGUUCCAGUGCCGGUACUGCGUCAAGAGCUUCCGGCAGAACUACGACCUCCUCCGCCACGAGCGGCUGCACAUGAAGCGGCGCUCCAAGCAGGCGCUGAACUCCUACUGAGCCCCGCCGGGCCCCGCCCUCCCCUUGGUACUAACGCGCCCUGCGCACCUGCCCCGUAGAGACCCCUCCUCCCGCCCCCCCUGCUCUCAGGUAGUGUCAGCGUCUCCAGGUGCCAGGCCCUUCCUCCUCCCUGGAUCACGAGCGGCCACCUCUCAGUUUCAGCCUGUGCGUCCCGCCGUGACGGCUGCCUUAGGCACCCUCGCCGGGAUGCUCCAGGUCCUCAGGAAGACUGGGCUGUGCCUCUCAGUGACCCCUUGGUGGCACAUGCCCUCCCCUCCUGCCCCAGCACAGACAGAGAGGUUCCCGGGUGGCUGCACUCCCAUCCCACAGUGAGAUAAUGGGCUGGGAGCAAGGUGUAGACAGGGCCCAAGGCUGACCGGUGACACGUCGUCCAAGCCAGCCCAGGUCCCUCCAGCCUCAGGAGCGCCCUUGGAGCCUGGAGUCAGUGGGCCCAGUCCAUCAUGGUUUCCAUCCGCCCUGGAGGUUACUGAGUAGGCAUGGGGAGCUCAGAGCAAAGCACAUAUUUUAAACCAUAUUGCACACGCACCCCAAAGUCUUUUCUUUGUACCUUGAAGGUCUUUGGUAAAUGUUCUUGGGAUGGAAAUGGAGAUGUCAUUUAAAAGGCACUUAAAUUCUCCCCCACCCUGGCUCAGAAUACGGAGAGCUCAGUUCCCCAGCAGUUGUCCUGCCUGAUUGAGCCAACUCCAGGACAGCCUCCGACCAAGGUGGGUGGCAUUCUUCACGUGCAUUAACGUAGACUACCAGUUGUGGUUUCCUAGGACUGCUGUGACAAAGUACCAAGCCCUGGGAGGCUUCCAGCCAGGGAGAUGUUUUCCAUGUUUGGGAGCUGGGAGCCCAGGGUCCAGGCAUCAGCAGGGUUGGUCCUUCUUGGGGACUGUGAGCGAGAGUCUGCUGCAGGCCUGUGUCCACUGGUGACUUGCUAGCAGACACUUGUGUUCUUGGCUUGCAGGAGCGCCGGCCUUCAUUGCCUCUGCGUGGUCUCCUCACCGGAGUGUCUUCCUCCUGUCUGAGGACACAGUCCUUGGGUUAGGGCCCACCCUACCUACCCCACUAUAACCUCAUCUACUCUGCAGGACCAUUUCCAAGUAAAGUCGCAUUCUGAGGCCACAGGGGAAGGACUCCAGCAUUGGGAUUUUGAAAGACACAGUUCAACCCCAAACUCCAGACACUCCUGUGGUGCUGCUGUCCUCCCCAGGCCAGAUGAGCCAGGACAGACUUGAGUGUCCCGCUUAGCAGUGCACAGGCAGGCUGGACCAGCUGUCUUCCGGCUGGUGGCCUCUGGGGGAGUCUUACGGUGUGGCGUCUGGGGUUCCCGUUGUCAUGACUGGCUGUUGGUAGUGCAACCUUGAGCAAUCCAAAGCAUGUCUUCCUGUCCUGUAAGACCUCUGGGCAGGCUUGGGAGGGGCAGGGGCUGGGUGCAGCUGUGGCUGGCCUCAGGGCUGCUCCCAGGCUGGUGUCUCAGCUCCUCUGCAGAUUCAGCCUGGGUGAGCCAGAGCCAGGGGCUCCUGGUGCCUGGUGCUCCUUGCCACUCAUGUGGCUUUCACAUCAAGACACCUAUACCCCAAACCCAAUAAGAGUUAUGAUUUUACAACAGAUUUCUAUUUCUGGGUGGAUGCAUCCAUGUUAACCAGGAAUAGUAAAUGCAAUAAAACAUUUGGUCAUACCUUGAACAAGAACUAAACUAUCGAGGGUCCUAGUUUCUAAAUAGUGUUUCUUGCAUUGACCUGCCUAGCAUCUUUAAGGCCAAGGGUCAGGAGAACAGCAGGUUCUCUGUGCACAUUUACCCCACACGGCUUCAUCAGGCCCAUGCUGCCCCAUCUUCAGACUUUGUCUGGAAGGGGAGCAAUGCCCAACUUACUGGUGUGCUUACGUACAAAAUCAGAUCACGAAUAAGGACUACGGCACUGGAACCCGCAGGAGGCUCCUGCAUCCACACCAGAUGUUGUCAGGGAGCCCCUGUUGCUGAUCCACAGCCCACCAAGGCAACCUCAGUCAGUCCCUGGAGGAUCACGCUGCCCAAGGGUUCAGAAACCCUCCUGGGUGGUUGUAGCUCAAAUCCCAGGUUGAGCCCUGGCCAGAGAUGCAAGUGGGGUUCUCCUUCUCUAGGAAGCGUCCACCAGUCCUCCAAGCCAACAGGCCCUGCCCUAGGGGUGGGGGCAGGGGACUUGGGUCAGGUGCUCUCAGUCACCCUUUUGGUUCCUAGUACUUGUGGCCUCUGAGAGCAGCCGGCCCACUUGGUGCCUUCUCUCCCUCCCAUCUCUUCAUGGGGGCUGGGCCCGCAGGUGAGCCACACCUCCACCUCGCCGUGGUUAAGACCCCACAUCUGAGAAUCACCUUUCCUCCAUGUUCCUGCAAUCCCUUGGCAUCAUGGAGGACAGAUGCACAGGUGCAUAAUAAAGCUCACUG